UUAGUAUUUCAGGGCGUCUGGAGGUUCCGGGACUAGGGAAAAUGGCGGGGACUGUGGUGCUGGCGUGGAUUCGCGGCCCCGGCUCCGGGUGCAAGGCGGUGCAGUGUACCUCGGACCGGUGUUCCGUACGGGAUUUUAUCCACGGACACUGCCAAGAUCAGGAUGUUCCAGUGGAAUACUUCUUUGUGAAAUGCAAUGGAGCUCUCGUUAGCACCGAUGAUACAGUGCAGCAUGGAGCUGUUUAUAGUUUGGAACCCCGACUUUGUGGUGGGAAAGGAGGUUUUGGAUCCAUGCUCCGAGCACUUGGUGCUCAGAUUGAGAAGACAACCAAUCGAGAAGCUUGCCGGGAUCUCAGUGGAAGGAGACUACGAGAUGUCAAUCAUGAGAAAGCAAUGGCUGAGUGGGUAAAACAGCAAGCUGAGCGGGAGGCUGAAAAGGAGCAAAAGCGCCUGGAGCGCCUACAGCGGAAGCUUGCAGAACCCAAGCACUGCUUCACCAGCCCCGACUACCAGCAGCAGUGCCAUGAGAUGGCGGAGCGGCUAGAGGAUUCCGUCCUUAAAGGUAUGCAAGCUGCCUCCAGCAAGAUGGUAUCGGCAGAAAUCAGUGAGAAUCGGAAGCGGCCCAACAAAUCAAAUACAGACCAAGGAGCCAGUGCAAAGAAAAGAAAAUGUUUUUGGUUGGACAUGGAAGGACUAGAGACUGCUGAGGGAUCCAGUUCUGAGAGCUCAGAUGAUGACAGAGAAGAAGCACCUAGUACUUCAGGAAUGAGCUUCGCCACUCCAAAAAAUGGCAGGGAUGCUGUUGAGAUGGCAGCCAGAUUUCCUAGCACUUCUCAGAGGGAGGAAGAAUUGAGUACAGACCUUGGAUUAUCAGAACAAGUACAGAGUCCAGAGACUGACCCUGGGAAGUUUAUUUCAGAAGACUUAUUUGCAGACCUGGGAGAGACAUCUACCAAGGAGCACAGGGAGAGGAUGACAGUUAGAGAAACAGAGACUAAGGAGAUAAAGAAAGCAGAAUGUCAAGAACUCACAGAAAGGGAAGCAGCUGGUGUUGGACUGAGUAAGAAUAAAGGGACAAAAGAAAUCACUGAUGGAGAAAUAGCUGCCAAGGUAGCUCCUGGAGAGGAUAGGGAAAACGUCCCCGUUGCCAAACUGGAGGAAAGCCAGUCAGGAAAUAGAGUUCUUGGUCAGGAAACUGUGGAUUUGCUGGCAUUCAGCUCUGCUGCAGAACUAGAGUUGUUGGGUUUGGAAAAACUCAAGAGUGAACUGAUGGCCCUUGGACUGAAGUGUGGGGGGACGCUACAGGAACGGGCAGCAAGACUCUUCUCUGUCCGAGGACUUGCAAAAGAACAGAUUGACCCAGCUUUAUUCGCCAAGCCUUUGAAAGGAAAAAAGAAAUGAAGUUCAUCAGAGCUGAAUCCCUGUGUGUAGUCUGCUGGAUAAUCUGCCUAAUGUGAAUUUGUAGCCAUCAUUCCCAUCAAUUAAAAGCUAUUUUUAACAACCCAA